UUUGUUUAACAUAUAUUGUAAUGUGGGCCAUGAUUGCUGCUCUGGGCUUGUCAAACCUGCGAUACAGCGAGACUGGAAGCUCCAGGAAUAAUAUCAUAAUUGGCCUCUCAUUGUUUCUCUCAUUAUCAGUACCUGCCUACUUCCAGCAAUAUGGACUUAUUCCAUCUUCAAAUUCAUCUGUUCCAAGUUACUUCCAACCAUAUGCUGUUGCAUCUCAUGGACCUAUUCAUACAAGUUCUCGAGGGGUGAACUAUGUUCUGAAUACUUUGUUUUCAUUUCACAUGGUGAUUGCAUUUAUUGUUGCAUUUAUUCUUGACAACACUGUUCCUGGGAGCCGUCAAGAACGUGGAGUAUAUGUUUGGUCUGAACCAGAGGCAGCAAAAAGGGAACCAGCCAUUACCAAAGACUACGGCUUGCCUUUCAGAAUCGGACGUAUGUUCACAUGGGUGAAAUGGGUUGGCUUAUAGCACAUUGCGGACGGAAAAGAUCCAUUACCAAAUUGACAGUUUUAACUUCAUUCUUCCUUCUGCCACUACUAGUCUACUAUUGGAUCUUGUUCUAGGUUUAGCGAUUUCACGAGUGAAUUUUAAAACAGCGGUUAGUCAAUGA